AUGGCACCGAAGAACUUCCCAAAGUUGCGCCACGCUUUUGGGCUGCUCUUCUCCGCCUUGGUUCUCCUCGGUGCACCCACUCCGCAAGGCAACGCCUCCCACACGACGAUCGAACAAGGAAAGUCGACGAGUGGAGAAGCAUGUCUUGUCAACUUUAUGAGUGCUGCAUCGCCCGGCUACAAUGCCACAUCGAAGGCGAUCAAGCGUGUUAGUUUAACUCCUUUGGACCCUCAAACUGAGACCGCGAACGAGAAGGCUGCCCAUGCGCUUGUUCAAUGCAUGGCUGAUGCUGGAAGAGCUAUGCCGCAGGCCCAUAUCAGACCGCACGAUGCUCGCACGGCUAAUUGGCAUCGGACUGAGCUUGAUGCAAAGUUCAUGGAUACGCAGCUAUCUAGGCUUGCUGGCUUGCAGAUGCCCGAAGAGGGACGGGCCUUUGGGUUUCACUCAAAAGGGCCGGCUGGAUGGUUCGGUGAAGACUGGCGGAAACAAGGCACGCCAUUCAAUUACCAGAUUCUUGCGAACCCGUCGAAAGACAUUCUGGUCGGUCUUUCAGGAUAUGGACCACGAAGGUGGGAUGGGGGCCAGGGACCACGUGUAGAUCCAGAUGUCUACACCCCUGGGCAAGACGCUGAGACCUUACAUUGGUCGGAUGUCGCGUAUCUCACGUACGCCAAGUACAGCAAAUUCGAGCCAACCGACAGGAGUGGACAUCCUGGAUUCUUCUAUUCGCCUCCUCAAUGGAUAUAUUUCCCGCAAGCUCAGGCAUCUGACCGAACCCUACAAGCUCUCCAAUCCAGCCUCAAUUCUCAAUUCGAGCUGGGUCUGAGACCGAAGCCGGGCCUCACAUUGCCAAUCGGUACACGAGCUUACGACCUUCUGAUUACAUCACCUAUGGUCGGUGGCGCUGUCGUUUUCCUCGCCCAGCAUAGGUACCGCUUCGGCCCGUGUAUCCCCGACAUUCUAUUGUAUGUCCAGCAGAGCGAUGACAACACGAAAACCAUCAUCCAGAAGAACCGCGAGGACGACGCAAAUUAUAACAGCGGUGGCACUCGCAAAUGGUGA